GGGAAUUUCAUUGGCACGAGCCGUUUUCAAAGCCCAAAAAGUUCAAACCGGGCAAGGGGGAUAUUUAAGUGCUCUAAUUCCUGGGCAUGACGAGCACGUCAGGAAUAGCUAGGACACUCCACGGCACACGGAACGUGACGAAGACUAGCCGUUCUCGUUAUGUCCAUUCGGCACUGGGUCACGCACCUUGGUCAGUGUCGUGCCAGACAUUAGUUGCUCGGCCCUCCCUAAGAGUUGUGCCUCCAUUCCUGCAAUCAUGCCUCCUCGCCUCAAAUCCACCACUACCUUCUUCAUCGUUUUCAACCCUAUCACCCCUUCAGCAGCAAUACAAGUCUUCCGAGCUGGAUGACGACGUAGAACUUGAUCCAGUGACACCAUCAUCCCUCGAGGCGGCCCGUUCGAACGGUGAAUGGGCUGUCUCCUAUCUAGAAUCACAAUUUCCCCCACUACAAUUCCCUCCCGAUCUAGCGAAACGCGUCCUCACACACUCGAGCUAUCGCAAAGGCGCACAGACGUAUGGACAUAACACGAGGUUAGCGUUUAUGGGCCGGCGUGUGAUGGAUGCGUAUUUUUUGAUGUCCCUCCAGGCGUCAUUGCCUGAAUCUGUUGCUGGUCCAAGCUUUGACGGUGGUAAUGCAGCCACAGAGGAGGUUCCAUACACUAAUUUUCAGGAGUUGACGGAGAAUGUUCUGGACACCCAUACAUUAGGGAGGCAUGUGGGGAACGAGUGGGGGAUAGGAAAGGUCAUGCGGUGGACAUCUGCGAAAAACCAUCUGGCUUCGAACCCAGGUGCUGUCCACGCAGGCCGCAUAAAAGUGCAGGGGACGGCAGUGGAGGCGACGGUAGGAGGUAUUUUCCACCAAUUUGGUGGGGUCGCAGCUUAUGUGGCGUUCCACACACGCGUUCUUCCAAAUUUGGUCCCAGUGUUACCCGCAUCGCUACACGAGCGCGUAGAAGACGUUUGCUACCAGUUGGGGGGAAGGAACGCGCCAUUACGUCCCGACAUCUCGGAGGCACCGAUGUCGCCACGGGGCAAGUUCUCAAGUAGGAUGAGUUAAAAACAGCCUUUACGGCCUGCUGCUGCCUAAUCAUGACAUGUACUACCGUACACCAUUUAUUUGGAUCUUUGCAUGGAC